AUGAGGGACGCUUUACCCCACACGUAUCACCACGCACACGAUAUCAGACACACUCUGACUGACACUCCUUCGUGUGAAUCGGCUUGCUGAAGUCCUGUACCCAUGUAACAGGUCGUAUAGGUGUAGUGCAUACGUCUCCCUCGUGACGUGCUGCUUGCCCCCUCGCUCUUCAUCCCCACGAUCCCAUCCAAACAAAUCUCCAUCGUCUGGCCAAUAGAAAUAGAGUCCCCCGCGUGCAGCAUCGACUUCACCUCUGUGAUUCGCGCAAGGAACUUCCGGAGCAAGUCGUCCGAAAGAUCACACCCACACGUCGUUGUGUAACAUCCACCUUGCUUGCGCGCACAGCCUCUUGCGCUUCUACACGAUGGCUGAGUUGCAGCCACACUUGGCUGUCAAGCCCGGCUCCUCGCCUCCCUCGCCGGAUCAGGACGGCUUGACGGAUCUCAAGACGCAUCAGCAUGAUGGGGAGGAGCUCGAGGGGGGAUUACGCGGCACGAGGAAUAUCGAACACAACGAGGAGCUGGCUCGAGCUGAUCACCAAUGGUGGACAAAUGAAGAGGAUCGAAGUGUGCUACGAAAGUUGGAUAUCCGCCUUGUGCCUCUCUUAUUUGUCACCUACAUGCUCGCAGCUCUCGACCGAUCCAACAUCGGCAACGCAAAGACGGCAGGGAUGAACGACGACUUGGGCAUUUCCGAUCCCGAUUUUCAAUGGCUUCUUACCAUCUUCUACAUCUCUUACUGCUUAUUCCAGUUCCAAGUGCUGGCAUACAAGAUCUUCAGACCGUCCAGGUGGAUCUUCUUUUGCGUCAUUGUAUGGGGAGUGGCAUCCACUCUGCAAGCUACAGCCACUGGGUGGAGUGGACUCAUGGCUGCGCGCUUCUUCCUAGGAGUCAGCGAAGCCGGGUACGGUACAGGUGCGUAAGCCAAAUGCGUCUCUUUCUCUUUUGCAGCGCUUUGACCUUGGCUGACGUCUCCUCGUUUUCUUGCAGGUGUUGCUCUUUAUUACAGCUUCUUCUACCCCAAGCAGGAAAUCGGCAUUCGUUUCGCGUGGUUCAUCACUGGUGGAGCGCUGGCAUCUUGCAUAGGGGGAUCCAUAGCUUAUGGCAUUCAGCAAGCCAAAACGUCUGUCGAGAAUUGGCGCUUGCUGUUCAUCAUCGAGGGCAUUCCAACCGUGGUUCUCGCCUUUGUUCUCCUGUGGCUUAUGCCCGACUCGAUCGCCACCAGCUCUUUCUUGACUCUGCGAGAGCGUCUGAUCGCAGAGGCUCGGCUCUUUCGCGAUCUGACAGAUCGGACGGCAGAAGAAGAGGUGGAGGAGACCGCUGCCACAUCACAGCGAGACGGAGCGACGAAAUCGUUGAUGACGAGCAAAUUUACAGGUCUUCGUUCCGGCAUUGGUCAGAAGCUCGACACCAAGAACCUGGCCGCAGCUUUCAAGGAUCCUCUGAGCUACACCAACUCUAUUCUGAUUUUCAUCACCAACGUCUCGUACAGCAGCGUACCCGUCUACCUGCCCACCAUCUUGAAUGGUAUGGGCUACACCAGCAUCCGAGCGCAAGGCUUCUCAGCCCCACCGUACCUGGCUGCUUGGGUCUUCUCUUUGCUUUACGUCUACACGGCCAUGAAGCUGCGCGUUUGUGGUCCCUUUAUCAUACCCGCUACGCUGGCUGGAGCAGCAGGCUACCUCGUCUUGGCUCUUUCCAAGGACGAUCACACUCGAUACGGUGCGGUCUAUCUCGUCGUCAUUGCUCUCUUCACGCAGAUUCCCAUGCUCUACAUGUUCCUGCUCAACAAUACACCUGGCGAAUCGCGCAGAGGUGCAGGGCUAGUCAUCUUUGGGGUCAUAGGUCAAGCUGGACCUUUUUUGGGCACAAGGCUUUUCCCAGCCAAGCAAGGCCCCUACUACGCCAAGGGCAUGUUUAUAAGCGCUGGAUUGCUCUUUGCUGCUACGGCCAUCUCUACCGCGACUACGGUGAUGUUGUGGCAGAGAAACCGCAUGAGGGAUCGAGCCGAGGAAGCGCUAGAGAAAGAAGCAGACCAGCUUGAUAAGACGCCCGAGUCACUCGCUGUUCUUCCUGCUGAAGAAGCUGCAGAGAGAAAAGCGUGGCUCAAGAGGCUCGACGCUAGCAGACGAGGAGAGGACAGUCCGUACUGUAAGUGGCGGCAAUUGCAUGUGGGACGAAGUUGCGACGUGUCUGACCUCGCGCUUUGUCCUUUGCGUACAACAGAUCGCUACACGAUCUGA